AUUGUCAACAAAGGCAACGAAUCGACUGGGGGCAAAAGUCAAACAGUUUGCUGUAGUGUGGUGUUUUAAAGUGCAGGUUUUUAAUUAACAACUCUUUAAUUCAGUUCAGUUUUAUUGCUCAAAAACCAAAAUAACUGAUGGUGUUAACCAAAUAACAUAUAUUGCAGUAAGUUUAGUCGCUGAGUCGAUUGUAUUACUGUACAUUUUCCGAUACGAAGUAAACUUCCUGCUAUCGAAAUGAGUAAAUCACUAUCUUUACAAGAAUUUUAUGCGAUUUACAAGCGGUGGGUGAUUAAUAAUCCGGGACUAGUGACGGACGUGGAGACAGUUGCGACGUGGUCCUCUUACUUCGUAGCGGGGAAGAUAAACAAAUCGCCCAUAGUAUCGGAGUUGGUCUACUCACUCUCUAAACUCGUGUCCCUGUUCAACGACAGGCUCAUUAGAGAGGCUUAUGGUACUGGGGAACCUUAUUAUGGACUUCGGGAGCAGAUCAAACUGUGGCUGACAGUCAUUCACUACUGUGAAGUAUUUAUCGAACUUCUAGUGAAACACAGAUGGGGCACUAAAGGAAAAUGGACUGUAGCAACUUUGCUGCAAGUUUUUAAAUGCUCUUCAGCUCUAGUACUGCUCUUCAGGUUCAAGGAACUGCCAAUAGCACACCCACCAAUAGCAGUUCUCCAGAGGAAAAAGUUUACAGAAGGUAAAGAAGCUGAUGAGAAUUCCAAUUCAUUCUUCGCUCUUCGGAGAUCAGGGCGCCUUGUGCGACGCGUCGAUGGGGCACCAGCAGUAGCCUUCCGUGACUGGGAGCCUGUGAAAAUACAGGAUGACCGACCAGGAGCAGCUGCUAAUGUAAAGGACUUGAUUUAUGCUGAGUCACUACAUAUAAUGAAACCUCUAAUCCACUUGGCAUCCAUGAGAGCAUUUGGAACUAAAGCGUGGAAGCAGUGGCUGGUGGCCCUCUGUUUGGACAUGGCAAGUAUGAAACUGUACAGCAAAUACAUGAAAGACUUGUCAUAUGACCAGCGGCUAGAAAUAAGUCGCAGAAAGUUGGGUCUAGUCUUGUACCUCUUGAGAAGUCCAAUGUACAAUGGAUACUCAAAGAAUGUUAUAGAAAAUGGUUUGAAUUCUAUGUCGGCGAAGAUACCAGCCAUGUCCUUCAUUUGUGGUCCGAUCAUUCAAUACCUCAGUCACUGGCAGGACAUUUACUUCUACAUGUGGGCCUCAUAAAUAUAGAAAUGGUUGAAUGUGUAUUGGACAAUACAAAUUGGUGAAGAAUACAUUUCAUAUUGUUAAUAUUAUGUAUACAAGUUGACAGUUGAAUUCAAUAUUUUAGUUUGUUGACCCUGAAUUGCCAACAGUUUGACUUUGAAGCUAUUGUUUAGCCAAUUUAUGCAAUGGACAAGUUUUCAAUCAUAUAACUACACUACUUCUUGAAUUUAUUAACCUCGCAACCUAGAAAUUCUGUAUAACUAGUUUGUUAUUGGUUGUUCAAAUACAUUUUGUAGUGCUAUGUAUUUUUGUAGUGCAAUGUUAAGAGUUAAAGUUAUUAACAGAGUUCUAUCUUUACAUAAACCCUUCUUUGUACAUAAUGCAUUUGUACACAAUUCUAUUACAUAUUUACUUCAGUUUGAGAUAGUCAUACUAAUUUACUAAUCUCCAAGGUUGAGAUCUGUUUCUCAUUGACAUUUAUUGAUAAAAAUAUCUUUAAUUAUAUCAACAAUAAUAUUCUGUAAUUUCUAUUAUAAUUACCUACACUUUGUUGGUAAACUUCAUUUAAAUAAAUUUAAACAUUAAGCUUUGAAAACUGUGUGUUUAGAGAAAUAUUCUUGAUUAUUAUCAGUCAAAAGAUAUCUAACUUUGGCUGAAACCAGCAUCCUCGGCCUCAUCAGGGACCACCACACGCUACAUCGAAGAUAUGCAGCCUGGUUCUUCCCUACGGCCUCAUCAGCGUCUAGGCACAGCACUCUGAGGACGUCUUCCUCCCGUCAACGCAGACGCCAGCCACUAUUCCCCGACUCACCGUGGGACACUGCGAGCCUCACUACUCCGAACUUUGGGCAUUCAGCGGCACAGUUCCGACUCACUGGAACUAGGGACAUUCAACACUGGCUCUGGCACCGCUCAUCUCAAGCAUCGACAGCCGUCUCAACAGGAUCGACCUCCGGUCUUGGGGGGGAGUGAUGUGGCGACACAUUGACAAGUAACAAGUGACAGAUGACAGAAGUCGCACAUAGACUAUCGACGAGCAAAUCAACGGAUGACGUCACAAAUAUCCUGCAUCGCACAUAUUAAGUUUGCAUGCGAAUUAACACGGAUAGAAAAUCCCAACGAACAACAGUUGGGCAGAAAGCCCGACAGGCACGAUCAAGGAUCCUCCUUUGCUUAGGGAACUUUACUCUCUGUUCCCUAAAAAAUUUAAACAUUAAGCUUUGAAAACUGUGUGUUUAGAGAAAUAUUCUUGAUUAUUAUCAGUCAAAAGAUAUCUAACUUUGGCUGAAAAACAACUUACUACAUAUUAUGUAGCAGUUUUAUUAUUUUAUCUCAAUCUAAUUGUAAUAUUAGUUACAAAAAGAAAUAAUUAUGUUGAGAAUUUGUACAAUGCAACAGAAAAACAAAACAAUAGCAUGGUAUUUAACCUGUUUAUGUAUAUUUAUGUUGUUUUUUAUUGUCUGAACAACCACAUACUCUAUCCAGAGUAUGUCUGAGAAGAUACUAACUAUUUUCCAUUAACUAAAAACACUUCACAUAGAAAAGUAUGAACUAUUUACUCUCUCGCUAUUUGUAUAUUAAACUGUUUUGUAAAUUAUUUACAAACUUUUUUUAAUAAGUUACUUGCACAUUUGUCUUUAAUAUACUUACAGUAAAAAGAAGUAUGUAAAUAGAAUUCGUGGGGUGAAUAGAUACAGAAAAGGAGUGAAUAAAUGUUAGGAAAAGUGUUUUAAAUUCAAUUCACCAUAUUCCUGUAUCUAUUCACUCUUUGUAUUCUAUUCAUACCAUGUUACAGUAUAUGUUUCGUUGUACUUGUGACAUCAUAACUUCACUUAGGCUUUGUUCAAACAUUAGCCGUCAAUAUUACCUAUAUACUUGUUUACAUUUCGUAUUUACACUGUUAUGACACAUCCUUGUGUUUAUGUAACCAAUGUUAAUUUAGCAGUUUUGUCUUAGAAUUCUGUUUAAUUUUAAUUGAAAUGUUUACCUAAAGAGUUUGUAGAUUAGGGUGUUUUUCUACCAGAUGUAUGCUAUGUAGCUAUGCUGCGAAGGUGUAAUAAAUAGCUAAGCUAUGACCCUAUAGUUACAACUAUAUCCUCUUAUACUAAGCUAUGUAAUGCUAUGCUUUGCGAAUAAGAUGUGCUAUGAAGAUGCGCCCCCGCAAAGUAACUGCCGUAUAUACUCUGCUCUGCACAUAGCUAUAAGUACCACUCGCUAAGAACUAUAAUGCACAUAAUUUUUUUCACAUUUUCAUAUAAAAACAUAUCUUGAAUUCGUUUCCACUAGUGCUAAGCUAGUUAUGUGUACAUUGGUACACAAUGUACGCAUCCGCAGCAACGUAGCAUAGCACAUAUAUGGCGGAAAAGCACCCUUAUCCUCUGUUUACUAUCCAUAGGUAUAUAGUAAAAAUAUGAAUGUAAAGAUUGUUUGAAGAGUUCUUAUAAAAUAUAUCUACCAAAUAACUAUGCACUGAUAUUGUCCCAGUCACCAGUAACACGUCUUCUAUUGAACAUAGGUCUCACACAAUAAAAUUAGUAAUUUAGUUAAAACGCAUCUGGCUGCUGAGUUGCAGAGUCAUCCUUAACUAAAUAUUAAUUUAUUGCUUACUUUGAGCUACAUGCGAGCGCCUUGGUGAGGCCGUCUAGCCAUUAAAUAUUUAAUUCUAAAGAAAUUAUAUUCGGCCAAUUACAUAUAAAAAUUCAAAAUAUGUUCAGUGCCAAUGUUUUUCAAGUUAAUUGCAUUGAAUGAGUCUAAAUAUCAGUUAUAUUUAAUUAGUAAAAAUCUUAAUAUUCUUCACAAAUAUGUACCUACAUAGUUUAGUCUUAGAUUCUAUUGAUAAAUAUAUAUUUGGGUGCUUGUGGUUUGCAAGGCUGAGGUAAAUUUCAGUAACAAGUUAGUGAAUAAUGUAGAUAUUUUUAUACCUUAGAUGGGAGUUCAAUUUAAUACUGUUUUCGUAAUUGAAAAUAUACAUAAGAAUGUUAUUGUAAUAUUAUAUCUAUAAACUUGUUAUAACUAAGUAUUCAUAGAUACUGCAUAUUCUUUUCAUUUACUAUUUCUAAUUUUGACACAUAACUAAUUUUUUAUGGAGAAUUAUGUGAAUUGUAAUCUACACUAUCAAAGUAUCCUCUUAACUGUCAGAGCUAUAUUGUUCUAUCUUCUAUCCAUUAUAUGACAUUUUAUUAUUAAAGAUAAGUAAUCAGAAUAUAAUCUUAACAUUCCAAAUAUAAUUAUAUUAUAUAGUUACCUAAUUGUAUCCACUACUUCUACAAAUACUUCGACAGCAAUAAAAUAUUGUGAUUAUUUGGUAAUAACUGUUAUCGUUAUAAUGUUAAGAGUGUUAUGUAAACAUAUUGUAUGUAAAAUCUCUCUUAUAUCUUCUUACAUUUAUAAAUAAUGAACAAUAAUUUUACUUCAUUACUUAUAACAUUUUUGGCAGUGGAUAUUGCUACCGGGCAUACAAUUUUUAUAGCAGUCUCGAUACAAACUAAAACUUCUUAUUUUAAAUGAUUAAAACUUCUAUCUUUUUAUUGAUAUAACAGAUAAGUUAUUAAACAUAGCCCAUAAGUAAAUUAUAUAAGUCAGUAAAGACAAAAAGGUGAUGGAAGAAAUUAAAUUAUGAUUUAGGUACUACUAUAUUUAUUAUAGUAAGAAAUACGUCGAGUUCCUGUGGACUAAUAGAUGUUAGUCUUCUCUAGGAAUUGAUUGUUUGAAAUCGUUAGUGAGUCUAUCGGAGUCAAGGUCAUUAACCCUGUUUUUAUUAAAUACAGGCCUACAUUGUCACAACAGCUAUUUAUUUAUACUUUGGCUAUCCAACCUCCCUUUAAUCACAGAAGUAAAUGCUAACCUAUGUUUGUACAGAUCUCUAUGCAUUACUGAAAAGUAAAUGUGACUUUAAAUAUUUGUCUUAUUUAUUAUUCAAGAAUGUUAUGAGAAUAUGUAAUAAUCUUACUGCCGUACUCAGACAUUUAAUAAUUACUUAAACUAUUCCUUAUUAACGAAAAAAAUUGCUAUGGACUGGGUUAAGUAACCAUUAAAUGACUCUGAGUACGGUAGUAUUACGGUAAACUAUUUUAUUUGGUUGUUUUAUAACGUUUUUAUGGGUAGUUUUUUAGUAAAUAAUUGUAGUUUAAUUCAUAUUUUGUUGAUAGUAUAAUGCAUAUAUAGAUGACUAUUUAUGUGUUGAGCACUAUUUACACUUUGCAUGUAUGUAACUCAUAUAUUUAAUACUGUUGUUAAAAUAGUUAAAUGCCUUUUCCUAUUUAUAAUCUGUUUGUUAUAUAAACCAUACCAGUAUCACCAAUAUCAUCGAUCUAAACGUAAAUUCCGAAAAGUACAUGAAAGCAGGAUUUGAAAGUAAUUCAGUGUAAGAUAUGUUUAGGUAAUUGUACUACUAAAAUUGUAUAAAACUUUACAUCCAAUUCGUAAUCAAGUGAACAAUAAAGAUAUUCUUCUUA